UUCCGAUUUAUUUAUUUAUAUGCUCUUUGAGCACCUUAUUGCUUAGUAUAGCAAUGUAUAUUGCGAUAUUCUUCAGCAACUGCAUUUACUAAACAGACCAUGUUUAGUAACAAUAUCUGGCAACCUUCGCAUCCGACACCGUCACAACAAGCGCAAAUGCUGCUGGGUGGCUUGUCGUGAUGGUGGACUGCAUCUAUAAGCCACUUUUAAAGGACGACGGCGAUGGACAGGUAGAUUUUUCGGUCUGACUGCGCUUUAAUUGUGUAGUGGGGUUGCCAAGUGAUGCUGUAUUCAAUGAUCGUAAUCAUAUACUAAAAAAGAGACUGGAUAAAGACGCUCCCCAGCGUGAAAACAGUUAGUUUGGGAUCAUCUCUUAAAACAUGGCAAUGUCCCUAACCCAAGCCUGCCGGAGUCUUGCCCUGUCUACAUGGCUGCUGUCGUUUUGCUUUGUGCAUUUGUUGUGUCUGGACUUCACAGUAGCAGAGAAGGAGGAAUGGUACACUGCCUUUGUCAACAUCACUUACCUGGAUCCAGUCACAUCUGAAAUAAAGACAGAGAAGAGUGAAUGUGGCAGAUAUGGGGAGCACUCACCUAAAAGAGAGGCCAGGGGCUUUGUGUUUAUGCCAUCUCUUCUGCAGGACAGACAGGCGUGCGACAGUAACACUAAAUUCCCCCUUCCCCAUCCCAGCAUCCCAUGGAUAGCACUGAUAGCCAGAGGAAACUGCACCUACAGGGAGAAGAUCAGACAUGCUGCUACUCUCAAUGCAUCCGCUGUGGUCAUUUUCAAUGUGGCCUCCAGCAACUCCAAUGAGACCAUUACUAUGCCACAUCACGGUACCGGCGAUGUGGUGGCGAUCAUGAUUCCCGAGCCUAAAGGUCGUGAGAUCGUGGCCCUACUGGAGAAGAACAUAACCGUGGCCAUGCACAUCACCAUUGGCACACGCAACCUGCAGAAAUACGUCAGCCGCACCUCCGUGGUGUUCGUCUCCAUCUCCUUCAUCGUCCUGAUGAUCAUCUCUCUGGCCUGGCUGGUCUUCUACUACAUCCAGCGCUUUCGCUACGCUAACGCACGCGACCGCAACCAGCAUGUUUCUUGUCUUUUGCAGAGGCGAUUGGGCGACGCUGCAAAAAAGGCCAUAAGCAAGAUACAAGUGCGGACCAUUAGAAAGGGUGACAAGGAAACCGAGUCAGACUUUGAUAACUGCGCUGUGUGUAUCGAAGACUACAAACCUAAUGAUGUUGUCAGGAUACUGCCGUGUCGUCAUGUCUUCCAUAAGAAUUGUGUGGACCCGUGGUUACAGGACCACAGAACCUGUCCCAUGUGCAAAAUGAACAUCCUUAAGGCCCUGGGCAUCCCGCCCAAUACAGACUGUUCUGAUGACAUCCCUCCGGAUUAUGAGAUGUCCAUCAGCGGGCCGCCCACCAACCCUGUGACGGGCGCUAGUGAGGUCUCAGUGGGCGAGAGCUCGGUGGUCCUGGACCCAGCUAUGAGAACAAUAGGCCUGUCACACAUUUACCACGAGAUGGAUACCUUCCCACAGGUUGGAGAGAGCCAUCACAUCGCCAGCAGUGAGCACCAGCCGUCCAUGAGCACUGAUUCAGACACCUCACUCAUCAUGCCAGUGGAGCUCGCCCUGUCCGACAUUGAUCUGCAGUCCGAUCCAGAACAGGACGACGCAAAGUCUUGAAGUGCCAUAAACGGAGCCGGACUGCAGCGGGACAAUAAAAGAACAUGAGCAAAAGCAGCACAGGUGUGCAACCUCCUUUUUUGACCUCAUGGUCUCCAUCACUGCAAAAAACAGCUUGCUUGUCCUCAUCCUCUGGCUGUAUUGCACUCAAUGUCUUCUGUCCUGAGCUUGUGUUACCAGACUGGAAAAGCCACAUGGUCCUACGAAGGAUGUUUCCGCUUUUAUUUUGGAGAAUUUUGACUGUUUCAACUUCCCUAUGGGAUCACUGCCAGUAUACACCAGGAUAUUCCAAAAUGAAUAUAUGUAAUGCAUCAAUGAAUGCGCCCUACAUUUGCUUUGAGUGUCUAAAGCAGUUUGCGUGUGCUCUAACCAGCAGUUCAUAUGGUCCAGUGUCAGAUGCUCCUUGUGAAGUAUCACCAGUGCUUAUCGUAUGCAGGACACUUCUUGCAUCUUCAGAUAUUUGAUGUGUCAAAUCACGCUACAGUGAACCCAGAAACCCAGCUUAUGACAUGGUGAGUGUUUCAGCAGCCGUAUCCAGUGACAGCGUGUCACAGCAGUGUUUGUAAAUCACAAUGCCACAAACACAGGUAGUUUCCGCUCAUUUUGUCUUGACUAAGUGCUGUCAUCUGUUCUGCUAGGCCACAUGCACACUGCUAAAUACAGUGACAACUGCAUUCAAAUUCAACCCAAUUCAAGUGACGACUAAAUUUUCAUGUCAUAUUCAAAGCUGCAUGCAUGUCAUAGCUUGGAAAUGAAGUACGAUGUGGAAUGUCAAAAAUAAAUAAAGGCCCAUUCACACACAAAAUGAUAAGUAUUAGUGAUGCACAAAAAACAAUUUAGGUUUUCAUUUAGUCGAAAACUGAACACUGAAAGUUUAUUUAAUAAUCAAUUGAACUGAAUUUAUUAACGGGAUAGCCCCUUGAGAUGAUUCAUCUCAUUUUUGAGGGGGUCCGAAUUUAAUUUUUUUUAUUUUUUUAUUUUUUUAUUGAAUUGAGUAAAAUUUAAUUGAAUUAUUUAAACAAAUUGAAUAAAUAUUCAACAGUCAAAUAAAAGCUGAGUCAUAUAUAGCCAUUUAAAUUGCACAUAAGGCAUUUUUUACAUACAUUUUAAUUGUAUAAUUAAGUUUCUAUUGCAAUUCAUUGUCAAAAUAAAAAAAUCCAAAAGCAUAACAUUAUGAAAAAAUAUAAUGAAUGGUAAUUUUAUGAGAAUAGCACAAUAUCAUCCUUGGAUAUUUUCCUUUUUUUUUUGUAUAUAUAAAUAUUUUUGGUUUCAUAUGUGAUAAAACAUUGACAGCCAAUCAUAAUUCUCCUGACUUAAUAUUGCAAGCAAAAAAUGGUGAAUAGUAUGAAUUUGUGAAAACUAGUGAAAACAUAAUAAAGAGCACACUGCAUGCAUUACAGUACCCCACAGUGCUAUGCAUGAUUGAUAUUAUGAUUUUAAUAUCAAAAGCAUUUUUAUUUUAAAACAAUGUAAAAAAUGUAAUGUAUUUAUUAAUUAAUUAAUUAAUUAUUUGAUUUGACUCCUUAAUAAAAUGCACAACAACUGAUUCCAAGGACUUGGAUUGUCAAUGUUGAUGAAGUUUAAGAUAUUUUACACUACAUUUAAUCAAUAUUGUUAAAUGAACGUUUUUAUUUAUUUAAGAUUAUGGAUGCCACUCUCUGUCAUUUGACAGAAAUGUAGUAUUGUAAUCUUUUUCACAUGCUAUAUUUCUAAAGAUUUGUCAGUAUGAAGUGUAUACUUCACAGUUUUCAGUAUGCACUGAGCUAGCCUUCCGUUAUGAAGACAGUCUGAGUCAAGCGUCGUGAUGCACUCCCACAAAUAACAGCACUUGUCACUUCCUAAACCUUGCAGUGUGCAUGUGGCCAUUUUUGUAAUAUUCUCUGGCAUGGACGUGCUGAGUUAACCUCUUCAGGGGCUGUUUCUGUUUUGAAGAGGAAUUGUUGUGUUGGAUUUAAAUAUAAAGAAUGGUAGAACAUUUGUAAAUUUAGGUUUAUCAAAUUUGGUUUGUGUUCUGCGGCAUCUAGGAUUUCUACAUUCUGUUCGUGGACAUGCUUGCUUUACUCCUAGCUAAAAGUUAAAGUGGGUAAUUAUUGCAACUCCAAACAGAAUUUCAGUCUGAGCAGCUGAAUUGAUCCGAACAUCUCAAUUAGUGGCGCAGACGCUACCAGUUUGUCCAAACAAUGGAUGGCGUCCAAAAAAACAGCCGAACUAACAGAAUAGUUUUUGCUAUUCUGUUUGGUUGCUGCAGAAAUUGCACAUGUAUCUUUUACAGGACGGUAGUAAAAGAUACCAUUUUAAACAGCUCACGAUACUUUUGCAGAAGUUUAGCAUAUGACUAACAGGCCUGUUUGAUAUGACCGUUUGCUUUUUAUCAUGCACAAUAGGAAAGUGAAAGACUGCUGACUGGUUAUUUUGAUAUCAAAGGGUUUAUUUUUCUAAAAACGAAAAAGCCAAAAACAAACAAAGGACUCAUAUGAAGAUAAACAACACCCCUUUUAAAUAUUUAUGUUUUAUUAUUAUAAUUAUUAUUGUUUCACUAAAUAGCUUUCCAGUAUAUAUAGUGAUCAUAUGUAGCCUGUCGAUGUUGAAUACAGACUUACUGUUGGUGUAUCUGCCAACUUCAAAUAUUUCUUAUUAUUUAAAAAAAAUUAUGAAUUUUUAGUCAUUUAAUUAGGUAUUUUGUUUUAAUAUUAAUUAUUGUUUUUUUUCUCAGUGAGACUUUGUCUCAGAAUGCACUUCCCCAGUUAAACGCGCUAAUACCCAGAAUGCACUGCUGCAGCGGGACGGUCUGAUGAAUGUUCAGCACACCAAAGCUUCAGUGUUUCAUUUCAACACACUGCUGGAUAUGUCUGCAUAUGUCCAUUAUGUUAGGACAGGUGGAUGUCACGUGACCUGUGCAUUUCUACUGAAUGGUCUUGUUGUGGAGCACAGCGCUGGGAUCUGUGAUCCUGAUAUUCAUACUCAGUCAUAUUUAACGUAAAGGCUUGUGCAGUGUUAUUUGCAUCUGUCAGCCAAAAAGCACAUGAGAUUUCCCUGAGAUCUGCAGAUUUUAUUGUCACUUUAGACUAGCAUGUACACUGUAAAAAAAAAAAAAAAGUUGAGCCAACUUAAAAUUUUAAGGCAACCAGCUUCAGUAGAUUUUUGAGUUUUCUCAACUUGUCAUUUUAAGUUUAUACAACAAAAAUUUGAGAGUAUCCCACAAAAAUAAGUAGAGCAAACUCCAAAAACUUUUUUUUGUUUUUUACAGUGUAUGAAACUGAUGUUCCGAGGAAUUUUAUAGAUUAGAUGAUUAAGCACUUAUGGUUUGGUGCUUAUUUAAUCAUUGUAACAAACAUGCAAAAACUAAAUGACAGUGGGCUGGAUUCACAAAAAUCUUAAGAAAAAAGUUACAAAAGUUCUUAUAAAUUCUAAGACGUUUGUAGGAAUGUUGAAAAAUGUGCAAUUCUUGAGAAAAAAAUCCAAACAUACUAAUGAUAAAUUCGAAGUAGUUCAUACACUCUCAGAAAUAAAGGUACAAAAGCAGUCACUGGGGCGGUACCUUUUCAAAAGGUACAUUUUUGUACCUAAAGGGUCCAUUUUGGUACCUUAAAGGUACAUAUUAGUACUUAAAGUGUACAUAUUUGAACCUAAUAGGUACAAAAGUGUACCUUUUGAAAAGGUACCGCCCCAGUGACAACUUUUGUACCUUUAUUUCUGAGAGUGUAAGAACGUUAAAAUGUGCAAUUCUUGAAAAAACUAUGAAAAUUCAGAAGAUAAAUUCUAAGUUUGUAAAUGUGUUAAAAAAUGUGCAAUUAUUUAAAAAACGAUUAUUUUUCUUAUCUGAAAAAGUAUGUACAAUAUUGUUACUAAAUUAGUUACUUUUUUUUUUUCUUAAAUUUUUUUCAAGAAUUUUAUUUCUUCUUAAGUUUGUAAUAAGAAAAAAUAUAACAUUCAUACGACGUUUUUUGGGAAUACAAAAUUCUCUCAACUUUUCUCUUUUUUUAAAGUUUUGUGAAUUCGGCCCAGUGUGGUUUGAUUGUUUGAAGUCGUCUGUCUGGAAUGUUUAUAAAUUAUUUUGUGAAUCCUUUAAAGCGGUCAUAUCUUGCAUUUGUUAUUUAUUUUUUCUCCUUGGGAAAUUAAUUUGCAAUAUUUCCGUACUGUGCCUUUAAGACGAUGUAAACACCCUCUUCAUAUAUAAACAUGAGCAUUUGCACACAUUUGGAUAGAUUCGUCAAAAAGUGUUGAGAUCGUCAUUUUGCAGUAUGUUUGCGUCAAGGUGAUAUUUCUUCUGUGACCCCUUUAAAGGAAGCGGUAUGUGUGUGUGCUGUUGUAGACAUGAUCGAUUGUUUGUCUGACUGCUGUUUCAAUGUUUUUGUCAUGCACUGGACCUUAUACCUCUGAUGUAUCAAGCACAUUCUGUAUAUGCAUAUCAGUUUUCUUGUGAAAUGAUUGGAUGCUAUCCAGGCUGCUGUGUGUGAUUUGCACAGACACAUGAUACCAUUAGCAUUUGGUUGAUAACCUCUCUGAAUUUGAACCAGAUGUCUUUCAUGGUUUGUGAAUGUGGUAUUUGCAGUAAAUCAAUUUGCUUUUUUUCAGUGCAAUAAAAUUAUAAUUGUGAUAAAUA